AUGACAAUGACAAGUCCAACUGAUUUAUCACAAUUGUAUAUUUUAUUGUCUUAUGAAAAGUUGCAACGGUCGACGAUAAGUCAACGUCAACGACCUAUUGAAGCUUCACUACGAAAUCGUUUAUUAGUAUGGCGCUUUUUAAAGAAGAUUGAAAAUGAACCAGUAUCGGUCAGCACCAAUUCCGAACAGCAAGCAGUCAACCAGACAGAUCCAAGUAACAGUCCAUGGAUACUUGAUCUAAAUGGAAACUGUAUGAAUAAUGACGACGACGAAAUUGAUAUGGAUACAGAUUCUGAUAUUGUCACAGUUGUAAGUACGAACGAAACCAAUAGUUCCCCAUGUGACACGAUGGAUAUCGAACAAGAAACAGAUGUAACUUUAUUAUUGAAACGCGCAAUUGGUGCUGAACGUCGACAAAAGAAUUCAUCUUCAACAGAGAAUCUUGUUGGAAAUGAAACUAUCGAUUCCAAUUUAGCGGAAACAGCAACAUCAGCUUUCGAAGAAACUGAACAAUUUUUUCAUGAUCUUUGUGCCGAAUUAACGAAUACAACAGCCGCUCUUGUCUCAUCAACUACGACGAAUUCAUUACGAUGUUCAACAUCACCAGAGCCAGCCUUAAUUCAUUAA